GGCAGCUACCAUGGCGCUGCCUUCCCCACUGAACAGGUAUCUGCUGCUCAUGGCGCAGGAGCACCUGGAGUUCCGCCUGCCGGAAAUAAAGUCUCUGCUUUCACUUUUUGGAGGGCAGUUCACAAAUAGUCAGGAAACGUAUGGAAAGUCUCCUUUUUGGAUUCUUAACAUUCCCUCUGAAGACAUUGCCAGAAACUUAAUGAAACGGACAGUGUGUGCCAAGUCUAUAUUUGAACUUUGGGGUCAUGGAAAAUCUCCAGAGGAGCUGUACAAUUCUCUUAAAAACUAUCCUGUGGAGAAGAUGGUUCCGUUUUUACAUUCAGAUUCUACAUAUAAAAUAAAGAUUCACACAUUUAAUAAAACAUUGACACAAGAAGAAAAAGUCAAACGAAUAGAUGCACUUGAGUUUCUGCCAUUUGAAGGAAAAGUUAAUUUAAAGAAGCCACAGCAUAUAUUCUCUGUUUUGGAGGAUUAUGGUUUAAAUCCAAACUGCAUCCCUGAGAAUCCACAUAAUAUUUAUUUUGGUAGAUGGAUUGCUGAUGGACAGAGAGAACUUAUUGAGUCAUACAGUGUCAAAAAGAGGCACUUUAUUGGCAAUACCAGCAUGGAUGCCGGUUUAUCAUUCAUCAUGGCCAAUCAUGGAAAAGUGAAAGAAAAUGAUAUUGUUUUUGAUCCAUUUGUUGGAACAGGUGGCCUUCUGAUAGCAUCUGCUCAUUUUGGUGCAUAUGUAUGUGGGACAGACAUAGACUACAACACAGUUCACGGUUUGGGAAAGGCUAGUAGGAAAAAUCAGAAAUGGAGAGGACCAGACGAAAACAUAAGGGCAAAUCUUCGUCAGUAUGGUUUAGAGAAAUAUUACCUUGAUGUCCUGGUUUCAGAUGCAUCUAAACCUUCUUGGAGGAAGGGCACAUAUUUUGAUGUAAUCAUCACUGAUCCUCCAUAUGGCAUCAGAGAAUCUACAAGAAGAACAGGUUCAGAGAGGGAAGUGCCGAAGGGGAUGGAAAAGUGUCCAGAAAGUCACGUUCCUGUUUCCUUGAGUUAUCAUCUGAGUGAUAUGUUUUUUGACCUGUUAAACUUUGCAGCUGAGACCCUCGUCUUAGGUGGAAGACUGGUCUAUUGGUUACCGGUGUACACGCCAGAAUACACCGAAGAGAUGGUGCCCUGCCACCCUUGCCUGAAACUCAUUAGCAACUGUGAGCAAAAGCUUUCCAGUCACACAUCAAGGCGCUUGAUAACAAUGGAAAAGGUGAAGAAAUUUGAGAACCGGGACCAGUAUUCACACCUGAUAAGUGAUCACUUGUUGCCAUACCAAGGUCAUAAUUCCUUCCGCGAGAAGUAUUUCAGUGGGGUAACAAAAAGAAUUGCCAAAGAAGAAAAAUCCACCCAUGAGUCAAAGUGAAGAUUCUGAUAAUGAAGAAAGAAUAAGUGUUUGGUGGAAAAGACAUUUGGAUACGAACUUCCAUGUGUGAUGAGAAAACAUGCACAG